AUGGAGAAAGAUGAGGAGUCUCACUGGGAAAACACCACCUCAGUGUCAGAGUUCAUCCUGCUGGGGUUCUCCAGCCACCCCAAGACGCAGCUGCUGCUGUUUGUGCUCUUCCUAGCUAUCUACCUGGCGACCCUCUUUGGGAACAGCCUCCUCAUUGCCCUUGUCAAGACUGACUCCCGUCUUCACACACCCAUGUACUUCUUCCUGGCCAACCUUUCCUUUUUAGACAUCAGCUACACCACCACCACUGUACCCCAGAUGCUGGUCCACCUCCUCUCCACAAAGAGAAGCAUUUCCUAUGUUGCCUGUGUUGCCCAGAUGUACAUCUUCCUUUCUCUGGGGAUAAGUGAGUGCAUGCUGUAUGCUGUAAUGGCCUAUGAUAGGUACGUGGCCAUUUGUCAUCCCCUGCGCUACACAGUCAUCAUGAACAGAUCAGUCUGCAUCAAGAUGGCCAUCGGCUUCUGGGUAUGUGGCUUCUUCUUUGCCACGUUGAUUGCAAGCUUCACCAUGAGGCUGCCCUACUGCAACUUAAAUGAAAUCAAUCACUUCUUUUGUGAAGUGCCAGCCAUCUUGAAGCUGGCCUGUGCAGACACACACCUCACUGAGCUGGUCAUCUUUGUGACAUCAGUUAUAAUGCUCCUGAUCCCAGUGUCUUUGAUUCUAAUCUCCUAUGUAUUCAUCCUGGAAGCCAUCCUGAAGAUCAGCUCAGGUGUGGGAAGGUUUAAAACCUUCUCCACCUGCAGCUCACACAUCACCGUCGUGACUCUCUUCUAUGGAGCAGGUAUAUUCACGUACAUGCGCCCAGCCUCCAGCUACUCACCCGAGCGGGACAAAAAGUUUUCCCUCUUGUACAAUGUGGUGUCUGCCGUCCUGAAUCCUCUUAUCUACAGCCUGAGGAACAAGGAAGUCAAAGCAGCCGUACUCAAAAUGAUGGGCAAGACGGACCACUGAGUUACGGUGGAGGAGGAAUGAUCCGGUGGCUCACAGCUCCUCUGUUCUGGAUCCUAGUCUGGGAGGGAAAUGGGGUUUAGUGACUUAUAGCCAGUGGAGAAUAAAAGUCAGGACGCCUGACUCUUUUCCCAUUCCUGGAACGUGGAAAGGUCUGUGAAUGCAGGCAGGCUGGGGCUGGGAGUCUGUAUGUCUGGAUUGUUUUCUUUCAAAUGAGAGAGAAAUGGUGUCAUUCAGGCUAUAGUCAUGGAGACUGGGCAUCAGAGCUCCUGGAUCUGAGUCAGACUAACUUUGUGACAUUUAUGAUAAGACAUUCAGAAAGAAAAAAGGCUAGAUUCAAAACCCAGGAGUCUUGAUUCCUUAUCCUACUGAACCACACUGGUCCUCAAUCAUGACCCAUUCAGCAGAAAUGACCUGAAUUGUUAGUCAAGUGGUAGAAGAUUUUCAGGAAAACACUCAGGACCUCAUGUAGGCACUCUGGGAAUAAAGCCAUUUCUGUCAGCUUAUGCUCUGUCCUCACAAGCCUACCUCAGCCACUUUCAAGGUGUCUCUCUCUGAUGUGUUUGUGGGGAAA